AUGCCUGUUCAAGCCCCUGCCCUGGCCCCUGCCAAGACAGCAUCCACUUCACCUGCCUGUGCCCCUGUUACUGCCCCUGACACAGACCCUGCCCUUGCUGCUUCCCCUUCACCUGCCGCCAUCCUUCCCCUGGCCUUACCAGGACCUCUGCCCCUUCCACUGCCCCUGCCUAGGCCCCUGUUCCCGCCCCAGACCCAGUCCCUAUCAUUUGCUCCUGCUCCCUUCCCUGCCCUGGCCUGUGCUCCUGUUCCUGUCUCUGACCCAGCUCCUGCUCUGGAUCCUGCACUGGCCACGACUGCUGACCCUGUCCCCGCCCCUAGCCCAACCCCUGCCCCUACACCUGCUCCUGCGGGGCUCCCAGACCCGCAUCCAGAGCCCACAAUUCUGCGGGGAGAUCUCCCCAUAAAAACACCGUCCGUUCCCUCCCCUGACCCCGACAGCCCCCCAGAAUGUUUCAUCCCCUCCCCCUGUGUUCUUCCUCUCCUGUGUGUAGUCACCGUUAUCGUCACCGUCCCUCUCCUGUGUGCUGUGUAUUAUUUUUUUAAAUAA